AUGUCUGUCCCAUUGGUGACACCCAUGAACCUUGCUCGCUAUGCCCAACCCGUCUCACACGAUCGAUGUCCUGCUCUAUCCACCCCUCCCCCUUCGCACGGACGUACCGAUUCCCCCGAGUCCGACCAUGACUCCCGCCAGCAACCUCCUCAGACUCACUCACAUCAACAAGCAAUCGGCGCUCCACCAUUACAUGACAGUGUAGCGUACGAACUUCCAUUCUCUCAUACUGCAAAACCACCUUUAGGUCCUACCGUUUUCCCCAGGGAAGCACCUGCUUGGUCGUCAGGGACGAGAUAUCAACCUUAUUCUCAAACUCACCAACCACGAUACACCCCUACCCCGACUCCUGCUCCUGCGGAAUAUGCGGAGGAAGAACGGUAUGGUUAUCCCGCCCAGCCAAGUCAGGGGUAUUUCUGGGCGGAUCAUCAAGAAGGAUAUGACUAUGACGAUGUACCUAGAUCAGCCAGGAAAGUCCGAAUGAGCUCGAGGGAAGCUGAGUUGAAAGCAAAGAAACAUGUCUGUCCCGUUUGUGACAAGAGGUUCAAUCGACCAAGCUCUUUACAAACACAUAUGAGCGUACAUACUGGUGCCAAACCGUACGUGUGCAAGAGACAAGAUUGCGGAAGGAGGUUUUCAGUGUCUUCGAAUCUGCGUCGACAUGAACGCACACACGAACAACGUUCUCGGACCUCUCACGACCCUUCUCAUACUCCUCACACCCCUCACACUUCUCUCGACUACACGCAUCCCAACCAACAACCUCCGCCGCAGUCUCAACCCCAAACUCAAUCCCAUACGCCGGUCCCCUCAAACCCCAACACCUACAACUACCACUCGUCUCCUCCUUAUCACCCAUCAUACUCGUAUCCUACCCAAGGACAAGGAUACCCAUAUUACCCAUCGGGGACAUAUUAUCCUCAAACAUCUACCAGCCUCCCUCCGAUAGGCUCGAGUGUCUCGGGAAUGUACACUGCGGAUAUGGCAUCCAGAGGGACGUACGAUUCGAGACCGAGAGGUGUUGGGAUGGGUAUGAAUCUGGGGUAUGGGAAUGGGGGAGGAAGUUCGAGACCUGGGACAGCGCCGGGAAACAUUCCCGCUACUCCCGGGACCCCAGAGUAUGUGGGGAGACAGAUGGGAAUGAAGGAGCUUGUGAGGAUGUGA